GCGCUCUCGGCGCGGCGACGGCGGCCAGGCCAGCGGCGGUUGCUGCGCCCGGUACUGGGGUCGCGGCCUGAGGCGCAGGCGCGGUGGACUCAGUCCGCCCCGGGCUGCGGCUCGCUGUGGACUCGUCAUGGCGACGGAGCAGAGGCCUUACCACCUGGUGGUGUUCGGCGCCUCUGGCUUCACCGGCCAGUUCGUGACGGAGGAGGUGGCCCGGGAGCAGGUGGCAGCGGAGCAGAGCUCCCGCCUGCCCUGGGCCGUGGCGGGCCGCUCCAAGGAGAAGCUGCAGCAAGUGCUGGAGAAGGCGGCCCUGAAGCUGGGACGACCAACACUGCCAUCUGAAGUUGGAAUAAUUAUCUGUGAUAUCAGUAACCCAGCCUCACUUGACGAAAUGGCUACAAAGACAGCGCUUGUCCUCAACUGUGUAGGACCUUAUCGAUUUUAUGGAGAACCUGUAGUAAAAGCAUGUAUUGAAAAUGGAACAAGUUGCAUCGACAUCUGUGGGGAGCCUCAGUUUCUGGAACUAAUGCAUGCGAAGUAUCAUGAGAAAGCUGCAGAGAAAGGGGUUUAUAUCAUUGGAAGCAGUGGCUUUGACUCCAUUCCAGCAGAUCUAGGAGUGUUAUACACCAGAAAUCAAAUGAACGGUACUUUGACUGCUGUGGAAAGCUUCCUGACUAUCCACACAGGACCGGAGGGGUUAUGUGUUCAUGAUGGUACCUGGAAGUCAGCAAUCUAUGGAUUUGGAGAUAAGGGUACUUUAAGAAAACUACGGAGUGCAUCCUGUCUGAAACCUGUCCCAAUUGUUGGUUCAAAGUUGAAAAGAAGGUGGCCAGUUUCCUACUGUAGAGAGCUGAACUCAUAUUCCAUUCCUUUUUUGGGAUCUGAUAUGUCUGUUGUGAAGAGGACUCAGCGUUACUUACAUGAAAAUUUAGAAGAAUCCCCAGUUCAGUAUGCUGCUUACGUAACUGUGGGAGGCAUCACCUCUGUUAUUAAGCUGAUGUUUGCAGGACUUUUCUUUUUAUUCUUUGUGAAGUUUAGCAUUGGAAGACACCUUCUCAUAAAAUUCCCAUGGCUCUUUUCGUUUGGUUAUUUUUCAAAACAAGGUCCAACACAAAAACAGAUGGAUAGCGCAUCAUUUACAAUGACGUUCUUCGGGCAAGGAUACAGCCACGGUUUUAGUACUGAUAAGAACAAACCAAAUAUCAGAAUCUGCACCCAAGUGAAAGGACCAGAGGCUGGAUACAUCGCUACCCCCAUAGCCAUGGUUCAGGCUGCCAUGACUCUUCUGAAUGAUGCCUCUGACCUACCUAAAGGGGGCGGUGUCUUUACACCUGGAGCCGCUUUCUCCAGAACAAAGUUGAUUGACAGACUCAACCAACAUGGCAUUGAAUUUAGUGUCAUUAGCAGCUCUGAAGUCUAAACAUUCGAAGAUUAACUGAAUCAUAAAAUGCACGAACAACUUCUGUAUUUGCUAUUAUGUGAAAUUCUUCUAUAAACCUAUCUGACUGUAUGUGGAAGACUCAAGUCUAAAUGUCAAGUCUAAAUAUCUAUGCAUUAAAAGCAGGAAACUAUACUAGCUUA